CCACCACAGCUAAAAAUGGCGACUAGUUCCAAACUUAACAAAGACGAGCUCGCUGAAUUGUGUGACAAGUUGACGAAAUAUGCUAAACUGGGUCACAAGGACAACAUGACUUCUCAAGCUUGUGGGAAAAUAACAAAAGAUAACCCACUAUGGUGCGAAUUGAAAACGGAAAUGGAUAGUUCCAUUUUUCCUGUGUGUAAAGACAAGGGAAAACCAUUUAUGACUAUAGACAAUACACAUUCGGAGCGAUUUCUUGAUGUAGCCUGUGAAAAGUUAGAAGCCAAGAAAAAAGGGAAGAAACCACCAGAGGGAAGCACAUGGAAACAAGAAUUGCUGAAAAAUCUAAAAGAUGUGAAAAUGACUGGGACCACGAAACAGUCCGCAACUGGAAAUGUAAAAGGCAUGACAGACGCCAGCAAAUAUACUGGAUCACAUAAGGAAAGGUUCGACGCGGAAGGAAAGGGCAAAGGUGCAGCCGGCCGCGUGGAUGUUGUAGAUAACUCAGGAUACGUCGGAGCUUACAAAGAGGCAGGAACCUAUGACAGUAAAAUGAAAAAAUAAAAUAUAAGUUUGAUCUUACCUCUGCUGUACACCUUAGUGUGUGACAGAGUAUUAAGCAACCGAGACAGGACUGUAGGAGAUACUUGCAAAUGCCGAAAAGAAGUUUUCAUUAAGAAAGGUGUACGUAUACAUAUUUUUGUCUGUACCCACUGCCUAUCACCAAGUUUGACAAGCAGCAACAUAAGGCUGUAGUCAGCAUUUUUAUUUUUUAUUUAUUUUGCAGCGAAAAUAUGUGCUGGGUUUUGUCAAAUAAGCAUUGACUAAAUUAAUAGGAGAAUUUAUCAUUACAAAUUAUCAACAUCAUAUCGGCAAAGAAAAUGUGCCUUUUUAAGCACAUAACCUGCUGAUGUAAACUUUCAUCUGAUCAAGCUUGUACACAUAUUUGACUCCGUUUAGAUGAUUCGUUUAAACUUAUAUUUCCAACCCGUCAUUGAUCAUAUAUCUAUUAUGUUGUGUUUCCGUCCAAAUUGUGAUACUUUGUUACCAGGUUAGCCUGUAAGUCUGAGGAUGUAUGUCUCAAUAUUAAUUCUAUCGAUGGUGUACCUAUUAUUUCUUAUGUGUGUCGAAUAAAGAUCAUUUAUCCAAA